CAGUUGGAGUGGAUGUACGUGCAUCCCCCUCUCUGCGUUUUCCUUCACCAAACUUUCUAAAUAUCUCUCCCAUACCUUCUCCACUUCCUCUUUCGGAUUUCAACCCUCGAAUUGAAAGUAUUUCUGCCUUCUGCAACUCUCCUCUCUAUCUCUCCCUGUUUAUUUUAUUUCUAAUUCGUCGACACUUCGCCUUCUAUUAAGGAAAUGGCUAAACAAAUUGUUCCCACACAACCGGACGCUUCUUUUGACUUCGAGCUUCUUGAAGAUGAUCCCGACCACCCUAGAACAACCGUGGUGACCUCAUCAAGCCGGAAAAGCUCAUGGAUUGAACCUGCGAAAUUGAAACUUCGACACAGAAUAGGGAGGGGCCCUUUCGGGGAUGUUUGGUUAGCAACUCAUCAUCAGUCAACCGAAGACUAUGACGAGUUUCAUGAAGUGGCUGUCAAAGUUUUACAUUCAAUCAAAGAGGAUCACACAAGGGCUGUGCUGGAUAAGUUAGAGGAUUUGCUUUUCAAAUGUCAAGGGAUAGGAGGUGUUUGUUGGCUACAUGGGGUUUCAGUUAUGAGUGGAAAGAUAUGCAUCGUUAUGAAGUUCUAUGAGGGAUCAGUUGGUGACAAAAUGGCUCGCCUUCAAGGGGAGAAGCUUUCAUUGCCUGAUGUUUUAAGGUACGGUAUUGAUUUGGCUGAGGGAAUUCUGGAACUGCACUCAAAAGAGAUCUUGGUGCUUAACCUUAAACCUUCUAAUGUGCUCCUUAAUGAAAAUAACCAAGCUUUCCUAGGAGAUGUUGGUAUUCCGUAUCUACUGCUUGGUAUUCCAUUGCCAAGCUCAGGUAUGGCUCGCAGGCUUGGAUCACCGAACUAUAUGGCUCCAGAACAAUGGCAACCAGAAGUAAGAGGUCCAAUAUCCUUGGAGACUGAUUCAUGGGGAUUUGGUUGUUGCAUUGUUGAGAUGAUUACUGGUGUUCGGCCUUGGCGUGAGAGAUCGGUGGAUGAAAUUUAUCAUUCAGUUGUCAGAAAGCAAGAAACACCAUAUAUUCCUGGUGGCCUUCCUCCUCUACUGGACAAUGUUCUUAUCGGUUGCUUUGAGUAUGACUUGAGGAAUCGACCCUUGAUGACCCACAUACUGCAUGUGUUUAGAAGCUUGAAGAAUGCCAUCGACAAUGAUGGAGGCUGGAUGGGUCUUGGGAGCAUGCCAAUCAAGAAAAAACCAAGUAAUACCGGUUACACAGAGUGGUUCCUUGCCAAGGAUCAUCUGCAAGUGGGCGACAUGGUGCGUUCCAGAAAUGCACCAAACUCACGUAAACCAGAAAACAUGGAUGUCCUAGAAGGGACGGUAUUGGGUUUGGAACGUGACACAGAUAGAGAUGGUUUUGUUUUGGUGAGGGUCCACGGCGUCCAUGACCCAUUAAGAGUUCCCAUAACAACACUGGAGAGGGUAACAUUUGGCUUGGCAGCUGGUGAUUGGGUAUGCUUGAAGGAAGAAGACAAGAAGCACUCACCAGUAGGUAUCAUUCAUUCUAUAAAUCGCGAUGGUAGUGUGGCUGUUGGAUUUAUAGGGAUGGAAACUCUUUGGAAGGGAAGCCCUUCCGAAUUCCAGAUGGCAGAAUCCUACCAUGUGGGCCAGUUUGUUAGACUGAAAACCAAUAUUCUGAGCCCUCGAUUUGAAUGGCCUCGUAAAAGGAGUGGGACUUGGGCAACGGGAAGGAUUUGGCGGAUCCUAGCAAACGGGUGUCUCAUAGUUAAGUUUCCAGGGAUUUUGACUUUUGGAGAUGAAUGGACCACCUUCUUGGCUGAUCCAGCUGAAGUAGAAAUGGUUACAUUUAAAAAGUGUCCAGGGAUGGUGAGGAAGUAUCAACACCUGGAGGAUUUUCACUGGGCAGUGAGACCACUUCUGAUUACAUUAGGCUUAUUUACAGCCAUGAAGCUAGGAAUCUUUGUUGGAAAGAAAAUGGGGAGAUCAAAAGUGAAGAAGCACGAGGCCGGUUCAAUACAAACCGACAGUCAAUACAUGGAUGGCCAAAAUGCUAGCAAUUCUUUGUGGAUCCCUCCAAAAGUGGCAAAUAUGCUUUUCAGAGAAGGUGUUAGCCCUGCUUAGCUUAUAUGCCCAGAGUUAAAGUUGGCUAAAGUUCAUGCAGGUUAGCAUCGCUAGUCUGUUAGCCAGUCAGGGUAUUUGACUGAUUUCCAGCUACGGUACAAUAGGAACUAAUGUUUCUGCCAAAUGUUUAUUAUGUAUAGCUUCAGCACAGACAUGUCUGGCUGUCCAUAAUUUGUAAAGAUCCACUUAUGCUAGUCAACUAAUUUGCUGUGAUUAUUAG